UCCACAAUGCCACUAAAGGAACAUUUUGAAAAAAGUCUCAUGUCCUAUUCGGUGGCAGUGACUGCUCUCUUCAUCUGUUCCAACAUUGCCCUGGCCUUGUACGUUCGCAGGUUUGGUUUCCAGUGCCUUAACUUCCAGCUAAGAAGCUCAAACACCAGUCACGAGCCACAUUUUGAUAGCAAUUCUGUUAAUUUGAAGUACCUGGGGAGCAGACAAGGUCGGGAGAAGCCAGUGGCUCACCUCACGGGCCUGAAAGGUUGGAACGUGAGUGAGGAGGAGCAGUUCCAGGCCCUGGACUGGGCCAUUGAGACCGGCAUGGCCUACUCCAACAUGGCAUAUGCAGACGGGCACCUACAGAUCCCGCAGAGCGGCCUGUACUAUGUGUACUCCCAGGUGGCCUUCUACCUACCCUCGUGUGAGGAGCUGGGGGUGCAGGAGUCCAGCACCAGUGUCCUGACCCACAAUGUUUACAAGAGGGCAGACUCCUACCCCGAGCCCACUGUACUGCUGACUGCCACCAAGUCAGUGUGUGAGGGUGGCACAGGGGACUGGCAUGUUGCCAUCAGUCAGGGAGCCCUGUUUGUCCUGCAGGAGAGGGACAGGCUCUUCGUCACGGUCAACAAGAUGGCCAUGGUGGAGCAUGUGGAGCAGAAAACCUUCUUUGGAGCAUUUAUGUUGUGAACUUGAGGGUGAUCAGGUGGGCAAAAGAGAAAGGCACUACCCCACGAGGGUAGGGAGGGGUUCACCAGGGGCACUUGCCAAAAGACUUUUCCCCAUUUGGGGAGGGGUAGAUUCUGCCCAUGGAAAGGUUAUUGGGACAGAGAUGAUUAACUACAAUACCCCCACCCCACAAUCUGUCAGGUCAGCAGUUAGAGGGUUGAGAUGAUUGGGAUGCAUUUUGCCUGAGAUGUGAGAUCGGAGGAGGAUGUGGCCAUUCAGCCCCAAUGAGACUGCCAUUCAAGACCAACAGCUACAUGAAAGCACCCCACUCCUGCAAGGCCCCUCCAAAGCCACUCACAAUCCUGACUUCGAUAUAUAUUGCUGUUCAUUCUCUGUCACUCAGACAAAAUCUUGGAAUUCCCUUUCCUAAGGGUAUUCUGCAGCUCAAGAAGGCAGCUCACGACCACCUUCUCAAGGGUAACUAGGAAUGGACAGUAAAUGCUGGGCCCAGCCAGUGACACUGAUGUGAAUAAAAAGUAAGAAGAAUCAUGUUUGAUCUGACCAUAACCUCAGCUUCGCAUUUCCACCUAACCCCUCCCCAAUAACCUUUCACCUCUCUUUGCUCAUCAGAAUCUAUCUACCUCUGCCUUAA